UAGGAAACUGUGGAGCUGCGGAUGCCAUCUUGGCUCCACUCAGACAGCCAACCGAGUGAAAUCAGCGGAGCCACAAUGGAGAUGUUUUCUUCCCGUGACAGUCCGGUGCCUGGCAGGUGAUUAACAGAGUGAAGCUCCUCCUCAGGCUGCUACGUUGGAGACUAACCUGGAGAACUGCAUAUUAAGACAAGGAUAUAACCAAGAUCAAGAUGGAUACCUCAAAACUUGCUAAGAUCCAGGAUGAGGAUCGAGAGAGCGAGUUUGGAUUUGUUCAUGGGGUUUCUGGACCAGUGGUGACAGCGACAGCGAUGGCCGGAGCCGCCAUGUACGAGCUGGUCCGUGUAGGUCACAGUGAGCUGGUGGGAGAAAUCAUCCGUUUGGAGGGAGACAUGGCAACCAUCCAGGUCUACGAGGAGACUUCUGGCGUGUCUGUCGGUGACCCUGUCCUUCGGACGGGAAAGCCCCUUUCUGUAGAGCUGGGCCCAGGCAUCAUGGGCUCCAUCUUUGACGGUAUCCAGCGUCCACUGAAAGACAUCAACGACCUGACUCAAAGUAUCUACAUCCCAAGAGGAGUAAACAUCGGUGCUCUUAACAGAGACCUCAAAUGGGAAUUUUCCCCCGGGCAGAGUCUUCGGGUCGGCAGUCACGUGACAGGCGGUGAUAUCUACGGCAUCGUGUAUGAGAACUCCUUGAUAAAACACAAGAUGAUGCUUCCACCUCGCAACAGAGGCACUGUCACCUACCUAGCCCCACAGGGAAACUACGACAUCUCUGAUGUGGUUCUUGAACUGGAAUUUGAAGGCAUAAAGGAGAAGUUCACCAUGAUGCAGGUGUGGCCUGUUCGACAAAUCCGCCCAGUCACAGAGAAGCUACCUGCUAAUCAUCCGCUGCUGACCGGGCAGAGGGUUCUGGACGCACUUUUCCCUUGUGUGCAGGGUGGAACCACUGCUAUCCCAGGAGCCUUUGGGUGUGGAAAGACGGUGAUCUCGCAGUCAUUGUCCAAGUACUCCAACAGUGACGUCAUUGUGUACGUUGGCUGCGGAGAGCGUGGAAAUGAGAUGUCUGAAGUGCUGCGGGAUUUCCCAGAGCUUACUAUGGAGGUCGAUGGCAAGACUGAGAGCAUCAUGAAGAGAACAGCACUGGUUGCUAAUACAUCCAACAUGCCUGUAGCUGCCAGAGAGGCCUCCAUUUACACAGGGAUCACACUAUCCGAAUACUUCAGAGAUAUGGGUUACCAUGUGAGCAUGAUGGCCGACUCCACGUCCCGAUGGGCCGAAGCUCUGAGAGAAAUCUCUGGAAGAUUAGCUGAAAUGCCUGCUGGUAAGUUUUUGAUGGAUGUGGUUCAUUUAUAAUGAUUUGCGAGGACUCUGUGA